GAGAGAGAGGGAGAGACAGGGGAGGAGGAUCAUAUUGGCACACUUAACUUCAUUCACAGCUGUUAACAACUCCAGUCUAAUUCAUGCUUUCCCACUGUCCAGUGAAGAUGGCGUUGGGGGAAAUCGAGAAAAGCAAGAAUGUGAAGUCUUCGAAAACAGGCUUUCUGUUUUUUCUCUUAUUGCAAAUGAGUCUGCUCUCAAAAGUGUGGCCAGAAGACCCUCCCCCAAUCGUACAAGACCCUACCACAACCGUACAAGACACUUCCACAACCGCACAAGACACUUCCCCAACCGUACAAGACACUUCCCCAACCGUACAAGACACUUCCCCAACCGUACAAGACACUUCCCCAACCGUACAAGACACUUCCCCAACCGUACAAGACACUUCCCCAACCGUACAAGACACUUCCCCAACCGUACAAGACACUUCCCCAACCGUACAAGACACUUCCCCAACCGUACAAGACACUUCCCCAACCGUACAAGACACUUCCACAACCGUACAAGACACUUCCACAACCGCACAACACACUACCACAACCGUACAAGACACUUCCAAAACUCAACCGUCUGGCAGAACCGAAACGACAACUGUAACUCAUUCAAUGCAUCCCGAAAGCUCGAGCUCAACCACUUCAACGGGCCAGAUGUCCGCUGUGGCCACAGCAGGCUCUACACUUAGCAACACACAGAGCAUGUCUUAUGUCAGUAAUGCUGUUUCCUCAAUGGGCAGUACUAAUAUGAACAAAGAUAAUUCAACAUCAGAAACAUCAGGAAAUUACUCUAUGAUAUCCUGUCCAGUAUUUGAUUGCACUACAGAUUGUUACGCCCAGCUCAUGAAUGCGACGAUGACUUCCUGCCCAUCCAGCAAUUUCUGUGAGAUAAUGACUCAGAACACAAGUUACUCUGUCAAGUGCAGUGCCUCAUGUGGUGUGUCCUGUGGGAACUCGACUCUCACUAAUUGCUCUUGGAAAUGUUGCAACACAACCAGUUGCCUCGACGACGCUCUGCUUGGCUUGACCAGUUCACUCAGUACGACAGUAGCUACAACAACAUCCACUACCACUAGAACAACCACAAAGACUAUGGCUCCAUCCACCCAAGCAAACAAUGGCAAGAAGUGUCAUAGUAUCAAGUGUGAUGGGGCAGCGUGUUACAAAUCCAUCACUACCAGCAUGCUGUGUCCCGUUGGUCAGGAUUACUGCAUGCUAAAAAAGACAACAUCUGGCAGCGUCGAGAGCUGGCAUGCAGGUUGCAGUGAGGAUUGCAGAAAGAUGACGGUUUGUUCAACCUCCGUUACUACCUGCUACUUGGAAUGCUGCAAUGCCACUUCGACCGCCUCGUGCCUCAAGCUGACCGGUGAUGUGAACAUGCCCAGCUCUGCCACCAGGGGUCCUCACUCUCCUGCGCUGCUGAUCGCCUCUCUACUGCUCUUCUGGAUACUGAGAGUCUUCACUUGAGUGCAACAAAGUCACAUUUACAGGCAAUCCAAGAAAGCGCAGAAAGUGUAUGUUUGUUUUAAAGCAGUUUAUACUUCUUUUACUGUCCCUUUUAAAUUAUUUGUGUUAUAAGCAUGUGUGUGUGUGUGUGUGUGUCUACAAGAUCCGUGUGAAAAGCAGAAUGUGUGCAUGUGUAUAUAUUUGUAUAGAUGACAAAUAAGCUUUACGUGGGUAUCCAUAGAGAGUUCUGUCAAGUGGGAGUGUGCCUGUUGUUGGAUUCUUUAUUUCACUGAAAUCAGCCACCAAGGAAUAUAUAUUUACACUGAAGCAACAAAUAUGAGGUUUGCUUAUCCUUGCAUACCGAUCGUUACUCAGUUGUGCAUGUUAUUAAUUCUUGCUCUCUUUUUUUGGCAUUAAAAUUCAAAACUCCAUACAAAAACCAGAGAAUGGUAAACCUAACCUUUUCCGUUUAAGGGCAUUUCCUUCAACCCUACACUACACACAACACAUACUACACCAUUAAAUUGCAUACUACACUACAUACAACACAUACUACACCAUUACAGUGCAUACUACACUACAUACUACACUAUUACAGUGCAUACUACACUUCAUACAACACAUACUACAUCAUUAUAGUGCAUACUACACUACAUAUUACACUAUUACAGUGCAUACAACAACUACACUGCAUACUACACAAUUACAGUGGAUACUAUGCUACAUAUAACACAUACUACACCAUUACAGUGGAUGCUACACUGCAUACUACUACAUUAAUACAGUUAAUACUACAGUACAUACAGUACUACACAGUGCAUACUACACUAUUACAGUGUAUACUACACUACAUACAACACUUACUACACCAUUACAGUGGAUACUACCCUGCAUACAGUAAUAAACUAUUACAGUGGAUACCACACUACAUACUACACUGUUACAGUGCAUACUAUAUAUUUCAAAACACCGAAGAAAAAUCAUUACAGAAAGGACCCUAUUUUUUUUACAAACUUCUCUCAGAGUGUAUGUAUUUAUGUAUGUAAGUAUACAUUUUAUUGUAGUCAAUCAUGUCUUUAUCUGAAGCAUAUUUCUCUUACUCAUAUUUUGUUUUGUCAGUAGUACACAGGUGUUGUGCAUUCUAAUAUAUAUAUAAAACAAUAAUCCAAAGAAUUUCCUUAGUAUGCUUAGAUAAUCCAAUUUCUUUUACAAAUUAUAUAAAAUAACAAAUUGAUUGUUCAAACUAGGCAGAUUUCACAUUGCAAAAUAAUAGUUAUGUAUAAACCAGUUAACGCCAAACAAAUGAAUUACGCACUUUAUGCAUAAAUGGAAAUUAGACUAUGUAAAAUAUUUAUAAUGCAUUUAUAAUAUUGUAUAUAUAAAAAGCCUGUGGGUAAAACCCAUCCUCGUUAACAUAAAGCUUUAUUUUUUCAGAGAAAUGUGUUCAUUAAAUGCAAGUGUACAGAUCUAAAUGCAUAGUUAUGCUUAUUUUAUUAAAUUACAUGUGAUAUCAUAACUUUGCUGGAUAACACUAAUGUACUAACAAUAUAAUAAAGGUCAUGAUAUAGAUUUUGACAGCUCGGUUGAUAAAGGGUUGCAAUGAUUUUUAUUUCUUUGUACUGCUUAUAUAGGAAAACAAACAAAUACUGAUAUAUUUAUAGUAACAUGGUAUGAUAACCAGCUUCAUAUUAACACAAGCAAUUGAUCUUAUUAAACUGCUUUUGAAAUUUAUUAAUAAAUGCUUUAUCUUCUCAGCA